AUUAUCGUAUCGUCAGUAGUGAAGGCCGUCAGUAGUAAAGCUUAAAGAAUUACGUCGCGAAGAUUGUAGUGGUUUCAGCGAAUGUCAAUUAAUUUUUUUCUUUUUUGUUUGUUAAUAACAUCUUGUCCGAGUUUCAUAAAAAUUGAUUUAUCAGUUUCGCUUAUCCCCUUCAGCAAAAAGUGGUGGUUUGUUAUUCGAGCUCAGCCGUACAGCUGAUUAAUGGUACUGUAAAAAUUUAAUUGUGUCUACGGGUACGUGUGCACUCAGGAUGCACCAUUGUCCUCAUACGCUAUAAAAACAAAAGUAUUAUUAAAGUAUAUUCUCUAUGGUUCACGUUAUUCUGCUUAUGCAAUCGAAUAUUUUGUGAGCAGCAGUAAGAAAAUUAGUACCAAGGCAAUGUAGAGAUCCACGAACUCAAAGGGACUGCACUUGUGCAGUCCACUUUAGGGUCCGUGAUCAUGGAACGUGUGAUUGCACUGAGUACUCAAAAUCCGCUUUCAUUGCUGGUCAAGUUCGGUAUGAUGGCCUGGAACAAUACUUGUGGUAUUGACAAUUGUUCUGGUCAUGGUGAGUGCCACAACGGCACGUGCCUCUGUGAGAUUCAAUUCGAUGGAUCAGAAUGUCAUGUGCCAAAUCUAAGUUACUACAUAGCAUUCGCUACGAUAUUCUUCGUUUUGGCGUUUGUGUGUUUGGUACAAUUAGUGAUGUGCAUUGUUGCCGAGUGGCAAAGAAUGAAGGCACCCUCAUUUCUACGAGCUUGUAGAGUUACCACACAGAAGGUUUUGUACUUCGUUGUGUUUCUUGCAUCUAUGAUUCGGGGAGCUUACUUUACAUCACCGAAUACUUUCAAGGAAGGAUGGUCUCGCAGUUUAUUGUCCGCUUACUAUCCGCUCCUGCUCAGUAGCUCAUCUUUGAUCGUAUGCUUUUGGGCAGAGGUAUUUCAUCUCAGAGACAUACGUUGGGAGAAGCCACAGUUUUUAUCAAAAUCUUUUCUUGGGUUCGUCGUCUUCAAUUUGAUCACAUAUUCUUUGCUCUUAGCUGAGUUUGUGACUACACAAAUGUAUGAGCAAGUAGAUCAGACUUUUUACAUGCACAUCUUCAAUGGUUGUUACGCAGUAUUGCUUUUCGUUGUUGUGAUCUUCUUCCUCAUCUAUGGCGUUGAAGUAUUCUUCAAGGUACGAGGUGGGUUUUUGAAUGAACAUCACGUCAUUUCAAUCGCCACCAAUAGUCGCACUCCAGAUGACCCUCAAUUGACUGAAGAAGAUCCGGUAACUGCUAAGUUAUUCGAACCAAUUCCAACACCAUCGGCCGAUACUGUGAAUAUUCACCAACAAGUCAAUACUUCGCAACUCCAUCAGUCCAGGUUUGGUUUACUAUCCCAGGCUGUCAUGCUGUUUAUCGUCGUAGGAUUUCUGUUCAGUGAAACACUCAGUGAAUUUUGGAAAACAAAAGUUCCGUUGCACAGCAGGAAUUGGCAUGAUAUUGUGUUCCGUAUCAUCGAAGUUGGUGUUGCAUUAUGGUUUCCGUGUGUCUUAUGGAAUUGUAUGAGCCCGGAACAGUUAUGGAUUUUAAAUCCGAAGAGAAUAUUAAAAAAAUUGGACUUGGAGCAAUCAAAACCUCUGAAAGAAAUCGAGCUACAGGAGAGAAGUGAAUUCGCAAAAUCGGAAACGGAUGGCACGUCUAUCGGAGGAAAAGACUGCUGGAUCUGUUACGACAUUGACAGACAAGAUGCAGGUCCAUUGAUACAACCUUGUCAAUGCAGAGGCGAUGUUAGCGCUGUACAUCACGACUGCUUGCGACGUUGGCUAGUUGAGAGUUCGAUGGAUGCUGAUAGUCUAGCAUGUAAAGUUUGCGGAACGAAAUACAACGUAGAACGAGCCAACAGAUUGGACUGGCAGAAUGGAUGGACGUUACAUGAGUGGUUACAUUCUAUUGCCAUAGUUAGUGUCAUGGUGGCUUCAUCUUACGGUGUGUGGGUUCUCAUCCAACUUGUGGAAGGGCCGAUUAUCAGAAUGUUGGCUGCCGGUACCGCUUUAUUAAUCAUUUACGUUUGUAUCAGAUUUCUGGGUUUGAAUACCGUCGUUGCGUAUCAGCGUGCCAAAAUAUCAUCUUUGAAAAUUAAUACGGCGGAUAAUAAUAGCCAGGUAACAACAAUCAGUUUACACAUCUCUACCGAUGCGCCAAAACAAGAAGGUAUUACUAUAUGAGGAAAUAGCUUGAUUUCGUUUUCGAAACUACGCGAACAUCACCUCUUUAUUCUGGUGCUAUCUAAGUUGCAUUCAAAAUGAAACUAUUUUCACAUAAAAAAAGACAAAAAAAAACAAAAAAAAAAAUUGCAGACAAGCCCUACAAAGAUUUGGAUCUCCAUUUUGAUUCAUUUAUGAUAUACAUUUGUUACUGGUACAAUUCUAGAUUUCAUUCUACUUGUACUGCUGACUGUAAAGGUUUAAUUCCGCAACGAAUAAUACUUCGAAUUUAAAUUACCUACGGAUCGUUUAUCCAAUGAUUGCUAUAUCCAUCAGUUGCAUAAUCCUAUUUUUUCUACAAAGUAUAAUGUUGUAUGAAAUUAAAUUGUUUCCAUUAAUUCCUAAGUAUAAAUGAAUAAUCUAAAAUUGAUUAGUCUCGAAUCACAAUGACUAUAAGGUAUGAGAACAAAAUUGUCAACUUUUCCAUCAUUGAAGUUUAAACAGCCUAUAUGAGCAUUCUUUGCGAACUACUCACUUCAAUCAUUUCAGCAUUAUAAAAUUUUUAAAAUAUCCGUAACAGAAAUUACCAAGGAACAGUUAAUUAGCACGCGUGUAUAUCAAAAUGGCUGUUCAAAAAUUUGUUAAAAGUCAGACUUAUUCCUUGAAGAGUAUUUUAAUACGGUAGCAGGCUUCAUCGUUUCAUACUUUCGCAUAUUAUUUCAAUCUCAAUUUUGAAUAUGAAUAAUAAUUUUUAUGAACGUGCCUCAGCCUGUUCCUCCUUUCUCUCCAUGAAAUACGUGGAGUAUAAGGCGAUGCAGUUGAGCAAAUUUUUCGUUUAAUCUUGAAUGAACAUUUUUUUCAAAAUAUAUUACUACGCAAUUUAUUUUACGUACUUGUAAGAUCCGACUCAAUGUGAGUGGAAGAGCAUUGGGAUAGUUGUUAGUUUCAAACCACAUCGUGAAUGAAUUCCGAUCGUAGAUAAUCCGAAAUGAGUUUAGCAUUGAACAUCUACGAUCACGAAAAUGAUUUUAGAUGUAAUAAUACAGAGGAUUAUAAACAAAAAUAGUUGUUAUUGAUAGUCAAUCACAGUAGUUAUUAACUUAUAAUAGUCUAGUGUUUUAGAUCAAUGGAUUACCAAGGAACAAUUGGUAGAACACAUUUUUUUAAAACGCAUUUCGGACUUCAUGAUAAUUAACCAAGUAAUUACUACAGUAUUUUAUGGAGUUUCAGGUCGUGCAUAAUUUUAGCAGUGUUUGAUGUUUGUCCACGGUAGUUGUUAAGGUGCACUUUUCAUCAAGGAUAAGGUGUAAAAUCGAUAACCAAUAUUUAGCCCUUAUAAAAUAACUAGAUAAAAAUAAGUAGAUAAAAAAUGAGGAUUAAAGUAGACGGUUGACAGUUCUGAUGACUGUGUAGAAUAUCGUAUUAUGAGCCACUGAUUUUUGAUCAUACACAUUUAUUCAAUUAUUUUAUUUGUGUAACAGAUAUAGGAGAUCAAGAAUCACUGAAUGUUAAACACAGGAGAAAAUUUCAAUAUUCAAUUAUAAUGGUAGAGAGUGAUUCUUGAAUUGCUAAAUUUAUGCUUCAUAUACUCAUUCAUGCCUAUGUAUGGUUGGAUAAAAAUUUAUCUAUUGUUAUUACUUGGUUCGAUUGUACUGUAUUCCAUUGUUUAUUUGUCUCAAAAAACUGUCGGACUAUAUUUGCAAUGAUCCAUGUGACGUUUGGCUUUAUUCAAAGUUACCCCCAAGAAUAUAAAUACGUUAUUUUACGAUGUCAAUGUAAAUAGGAUAGAUAUGUAAGUUAUAACGUUAUUUUAUGUUUUCUAUACAGAAUUCUAGUAUUAAUAGAAACUGAUAAAAAUUGCAUAUUCUGGCGGCGCAUACGAGUUCAAAUUAGUGAACUGUAUCUAGUAUAGUAAUGGAUGACAUAAACUCAGUGUCCGUACUAUUCUGUCGAAGCUAACAAUGAGUGAUUUGCGGAAAAUAACACUGGAAGUAAGACAUAAAUAUGCACAAAUCAGAUCUCUGUUACAAGAAAAGAGAAAGAAUUAAAAAGAAAAUAAGUAUAAAUGAUAAAAAUAAAGGUAAAAAAACGUUAUGUAGUACCUAUAUGACUUCAAUGACAACUGUUCAAAUAGAAUCUUAGUAAUUUCAAUACAAUUUCUUAUAGUUAGCUACGAUUCAGAGAGACUAGAAUAUCGAAGCAUCCUAUGCAAUAGAAAUAUGAGAAUCACAGUUAUGGCGGUUAUAAAAAUUUUCCCCGAAUUUUAGCAUUUGGCUUGUUCAGGAUAUCCUGCGGAGAAACUUAAAAAGAGUUGACAAUGAAACGCGGUGUAUCGAGUCGUUGGAAAUAUCAAUGUACAAUGUAAAUAUAUUUUAGUGAGAGAAAGAAAUUGUAUCGUUGUUAAGCUGUGAUAUUGCCGGAUCUAUAAGCCUGACAAUACUAUCCUCAAAUAAAUGUGUAAUAUCAAACAAAAA